AUUAUGUUCCACUAAUGAGAAGCCAAUGCACGAAAAUUGCCUGCCGGGAUCAGACAGCUCAUGCAAGUAUUGUGUCGCUCAGGCCUCAGGUACAAAUUUUGAUCACCCGCCUGCGCUUCAUCCUGACGUUGCGAAACAUUUGCUGCCCAUUUACGAAGAAUUGUCUAACAGAAAUCUAUUAGAAAAAUGUUUAGAUGGGCACACACAAAAUGCAAAUGAAAGUUUUAAUUCCAUGAUUUGGCGUAUAACUCCGAAACAUAUAAAUUCCGGGAGAAAAAUCAUCGAAAUUGCUGCCUUUAUUUCUGCUGGCACUUUCAACGAAGGAUGUAGUGCUAUUUUAAAAAUAAUGGAAACACUGGACAUCAAAAUUAGAAUGCAGUGCAAAUCUUUCGCUGAUACGUGCGACGAUGAACGGAUUACGAGGCAGGAGCGCAAUCUUAGCAACACUAAAGAAGCUCGACUGGCGCGCAAACAAUAA